UUCUUUCCUACCCUUCUCUCUUCACCACGCUCACUCAGGACAUCACCCAACAGUCUCUCAGUUUUUUCAGCCCAGCUUCUCUCAGCAAAGCCAACUUCAUCCCUCAAAAUGCAGACCAAGGUUUUCGUCUCCGCCCUCCUGGCUGGCAUGGCCACCGCCCAGACUCUCAACAUUCCCACUCGCAGCGGUUCCAUCGUCUCUCUCUCCGCACCCUCCACGAUCUCGGGCUCCAAGGACUACGCCAACAAGGAGUUCGACCGUGGCCGUGCCUGCGACACUGACGCCGACACUGGCAGUGACUCCGCCGUCUUCAUUCUCGAGAACGGCGCCACCCUGAGCAACGUCAUUAUUGGCGCCAACCAGCUCGAGGGCGUCCACUGCAAGGGUGCCUGCACUCUCAAGAACGUCUGGUUCCGUGACGUCUGCGAGGAUGCAAUCUCCGCUCUUGGCACCGGUGAUGUCCUCAUCCAGGGCGGUGGCGCCCAGAACGCCGUCGACAAGGUCGUCCAGCACAACGGCCGCGGCACCGUCACCAUCGACGGCUUCACCGUCGUCACCGCCGGCAAGCUCUACCGCGGCUGCGGCGACUGCACCAACAACGGCGGCCCCCGCAACGUCAUCGUCAAGAACGUCAAGGCCAAGAGCGUCAAGGAGCUCGUCGGCAUCAACUCCAACUACGGCGACGUCGCCACCAUCUCCAACACUUGCGGCUCCAGCGUCUCCAAGGUCUGCCAGGAGUACAAGGGUGUCUCCAAGGGCAGCGGCGAGAGCUCCAAGGUCAGCACCACCGCCAACUGCAAGGGCCAGACUUCUUUGUCUGCUUGCUAA